UGUUUCAUGACCGCCGGAAGUGAUAGUGUAUUCACUUUUGAUAGUCUCUUACGUCUACACAUCCCUUUCCCAUCUACAACUGUGACGUUCUCAGUAUUUAGGCGAAGAUUCAGGUUGACAUCAGUACAUUUUAGUAGAAGUUUAAAUUUUUGUUUGGUACGUCAAACCUUUACAAUGUCUGAUCAGAAGUAUAAAGUUGAUGACACGCAGCCUGUCCAGCAACAGCCUAUACCCAUGCAGAAUGUACCCGGACAGCAACCACAAUACCCUGGCUAUGCUGGCCAGCCACAAGUCCAGUAUGCAGGGCCAGGACAACCACAGCAACCAUAUGCCCAACCACCAGGACAGCCACCAGCUCCUUAUGGCCAACCACCGAUGGUCCAGCCUGGAGCACCCGGAGUACCAGGAGCACCCGGAGCACCCAUUCAGUGGAUGCAGCAGCCCACUGGCACCGUUGGGUGUCCGCGUGGAUUGGAAUAUUUGACACAGAUUGAUCAAUUGUUAGUUCAUCAACAGAUGGAAGUGUUUGAAAUAUUGACUAACUGGGAGACUGCUAAUCGUUAUCAAGUGAAGAACUCUCUUGGCCAACAAGUUUACUUUGCUCAUGAAGAGUCGGAGACUUGUAUGCGACAAUGCUGCGGUAAUAAAAGAGCCUUCACUAUGCACAUCACUGAUAAUAUGUCACAGGAGGUGAUUAGAGUGAAGCGUGAAUUCAAAUGUUGCGCUGGGUGUAGCUGUUGUGCUUGCGUUGACUGUUGUUCAAUGGAGAUUUCAGUGGAAGCUCCUAUCGAUACAGUUGUAGGCUAUGUCAAACAAUCGUGCAGUGCUUGGGCUCCACGCUAUGAGAUUCUUGAUGCAAAUCGUGAACCAGUAUUCUGUAUUAAGGGACCUUGCUGCAUGUGCCAAGGCAUAUGCUGUACUUGGGAUCAGGAGUUUGUGGUACAUGAUAAAGAUGGUGAUAGUGAGGUUGGUAAAAUUAGCAAACAGUGGACAGGAUUUCUGAAAGAAAUGUACACACAGGCUGACAACUUUUCUGUUCAAUUCCCAAUGGAUUUAGAUGUAAAGCUGAAAGCCGUCUUUCUGGCAGCUGUAUUCCUGAUUGAUUUCAUGUACUUUGAAGACCCAAAGAAAAAGAAAGAUCACAAAGAUUAGCAUUUAAUGGAUAAUCAAUGCUCCUUAAACUGGCAUUUUUACUUAUUGUGCAUUCAAAGAUUAUUAAUUCAAAAAUAUGGCGCAUGCCUAAUUUCAAAAAAUCUAGCAUCAUUCGGUUUUAAGAAAGGACGGUUGUCAGCAAAUUCAAAUUAAAUAAGUCAUAAA